CGAGCCUACUCUAGCUAACUUCUUGUAAAAGCCACGUCUUCGAAAGGCAGUGUCUUCGGAAGAAAGAUUGUGGCUUGAAUUUAACUUAAAAAUAAGUGCUGUAAUUUACAAUGGUACCUAAGUAUUUUAGUUUUCUUUUCUUGGGCUUCGUUACCGUUUGGGCUGUAGAGAAAGAUGUAGUGGAACUUACGGACGAAACUUUUAGCCAUGAAUUAGAGCAACAUGAGAACACGCUUGUUAUGUUUUACGCCCCAUGGUGUGGUCAUUGCAAACGAUUAAAGCCUGAAUAUGCAAAAGCUGCUGAAAUGCUCUUGGGUAAUGAUCCUCCAAUUACUCUUGCCAAAGUAGAUUGUACAGAAAGUGGAAAGGAUACGUGUAACAAGUAUUCAGUUAAUGGUUAUCCAACAUUGAAAAUUUUUUCUAGAGGUGAUUUUAUUAAUGAUUAUAAUGGACCAAGAGAAGCUGCUGGCAUUGCUAAAUAUAUGAAGGCACAAGUUGGCCCAGCAUCCAAAGAAUUAACUGAAGAAAGUUGUUUGAAAUCAUUCUUAGAGUCUGAUGAAGUAGGAGUUGUAGGUUUCUUUGAAAAAGAAGACUCACCCUUAGCAACAUCCUUCCAUGCUGUUUCUAAGAAACUUAAAGAAAAAGUCAGAUUUGCACAUACAACUGCCAAGUCACUUUUGGAGAAGGAAGGAUAUAAGAAUACUAUUAUUUUAUAUAGACCAAAAAUUUUACAAAAUAAAUUUGAACCAAGCACAGUGAAAUACGUUGAAUCAAUGGGUGAUAUUCAAGAAUUUAUUAACAAAAAUUACUUUGGUAUUGCGGGUGUUCGUACACGUGAUAAUGCAGGAGAAUUUAAAAAUCCAUUAGUUGUUGCGUACUAUGCAGUAGAUUAUGUUAAGAAUCAUAAAGGUACAAAUUACUGGCGCAACAGAAUUAUCAAAGUUGCUAAAGACUUCCCUAAGUUGAACUUUGCUAUUUCUUCCAAAGACGACUUCCAGCAUGAAUUAAAUGAUUUUGGUAUUGAUUUUGUCAAAGGUGAUAAACCUGUAAUUUUGGCAAGAAACAUUAAUAAUCAAAAAUUUGUCAUGAAAGAUGAAUUUUCCGUUGAUACAUUCGAGGCAUUCUUAAAAGAUAUGGAAACUGGUGCUUUAGAACCAUAUCUCAAGUCUGAACCAGUUCCUGAAGAUAACACUGGAAAUGUUAAAGUCGCGGUAGCCCGAAAUUUCGAUGAAAUUGUUACAAAUAACGGCAAAGAUACUUUGAUAGAAUUUUAUGCUCCUUGGUGUGGUCACUGUAAGAAAUUGGUACCUGUUUACGAUGAGUUGGGUGAAAAACUAGCGGAUGAAGAUAUCGAAAUCGUGAAGUUCGAUGCUACCGCUAAUGAUGUUCCUGCUCCAUACGAAGUUGGUGGAUUCCCAACACUUUAUUGGGCACCUAAAAACUCCAAGAAUAACCCAGUUAAAUAUGAAGGUGGCAGAGAAUUUGACGAUUUCAUCAAAUAUAUUGCCAAACAUGCGACUAAUGGACUGAAGGGAUAUGAUCGCAAGGGCAAAGCUGUUAAACCGAAGAGUGAUGAAUUGUAAAUUUUUUCACAGGAGAUAUGAGAUUGUUCAUUAUAAUUUUUAUAUAUGUCUCAGCAGCAAAACUUGGAGUGAAAUUUGUCUUGUGCGACUUAUGAGUGUGAUAAAAGUGGCAUACAGUUAAAAAUGUAAUGGCUAAAAAUUUUUCUAGUAUCAGAGACAGAUUUGAUCAAAAAAAAAUUAAAGACCCUCAGUAACGCGACUGCAUUUAUUUUAUAAAAAU